CAGUUUUGGUUUGGUGUUGUUUCUUUUUCAGAUUUCUUUUGUAGUUUCAUGCGUCUCCUAUAAAAGACAAGCUUUGCGAUUAGGAGUUGUCUGUGAAGAGGAAGGCUAGGAUGUGUGUGUGUGUGUGUGUGUGCAGUUGGUCCGUCCCCUCCUGGUCCUCCUAUAAGAGCACACCCGAGUAAGAACGUCAGUAGCUCUUUAGAGAGACCAAACUAUAUAAAAAAAAAAAUAAUAAGACAUGCCAUCAGACGGAAUGGCAACCUGUCAUGCCAGACGGCUUCAGAUGCUUAGAGGAUUCCUGCUGAAGGUGGCCAGCUGGCGAAGUGUGUGUGUCCUCUGUUGCCUGUACUGCAUCCUGAUCCUGCCAGACUCCGGCGAGGCUGCCAAAGCACGCUGUGGACGAGAACUAGUUGCUGACCUGGAGUUUGUGUGUGGGGACCGUGGCUUUUACAGAGGCAAACCUGGAGCAGCCCGCAGCGGCGGUCCUCGCUCUCGUGGGAAAGGGAUCGUAGAGCAGUGUUGUGUGCGUGGAUGUGACCUCCAGCAUCUGGAGUUGUACUGUGCAAAACCCAAGAGGGUGCGGCGUGAUGUCCCUGCGUCUCUGCAACAGACUCUGGAAGAUCAGUUUUGGCUGGUGUUUCAGAGGCAAUACCAGAAGCAAGCAGAGAUGAACAGAGAUGAGGAAGCUGCUUCUCAAAGACUCAGAGAGCGAAUGCUUUACCGAUGGCACUCCAGAAAUUCAGUAUUACUAACCAACCAACCCCCCUCAACCCAACAGCAUCUUUCCACUGAGACAGUGACAUCAGGACCAACAUUUACCCACCACAAACGAUAGUCAUGGCUCUUUUUGGAUCUGCGUGGACCCAGUGAAUCACCUUCCUUUUCUAAAAAAAGACUUUUCUGUCCUUGCAGACAUAUAAACUGAGAACUAUGUGAGAGAAAGUAUAGAGGACAAACUGCCAAAGCCACUCAUGCCAUGAAAGUGAAGAGCAGGGUGUUUGUGAUCGCUCAUGGCUUGUAUUAAUUUCACUAAACACAUGCUGAAUUCAAUAUGAAUUGUAUUUUUCCAUUUUAAUUUUGUUUUCAGCUUCCCCCCAAGCAUUGACUUCAGUUCUCCGAUGCAUUUGAAUAAACAAGUUCAAAGUCA